AAUGCAGUUCUAACAGUGCAGUGUUUUCAGUGUUUUGAUUUUUUCGGUGAUGUGUCAGUGUUAGUGAUGGGUUGCCAGUUGGGUAAAUUAGCUGCCUCAGAGAGGAGGGGUGCGGGGGCAGCUGCGCCCGCGAUCGCGGACGGGCCGCCGCCGGCGACCGAUCCGCGGCUACCGCUGACAGCUAAACAGAAGUACUCCAUGCUUGCCUCGUGGAAGGGAAUAUCCAGGGCUAUGGAGAAGACCGGCAUUUGCAUGUUUAUAAAACUAUUCGAAGAGAACCAAGACCUGCUGAACAUGUUCGAGAAAUUCCGCCAAUGUCGGACGAAGGAGGAGCAGAUCAACUCUAUGGAGCUGGCUGAACACGCCAACAACGUGAUGAACACGCUGGACGAGGGGAUCAAAGGGCUGGACGACCUGGACAACUUCUUUGAGUACAUACACCAGAUCGGCGCCAGCCAUAGGCGGAUACCGGGAUUCAAAGUGGAAUAUUUUUGGAAAAUCGAGGCUCCCUUCCUUGCGGCCGUCGAGUCCACAUUAGGCGACCGCUACACACCCAAUGUCGAAAACAUCUACAAAAUAACCAUAAAGUUCAUCCUAGAAACGCUCGUCGAUGGCUUCGAGAAGGCUGGCAACAAAACGUGAGCUGCCAUAAUCUAGAAAAAAAAAGAAAACGAAUAAACUUCAAGAGCGCUGGCACCCAGUUCGAAGUUUGAAAAUCGAACGCAAGAUUCGAAAGUUUUCCAAUUUUUAUACGCGUCUAUCAGACCGAGUAACGAGUAACAUUCCAACAUUUGGAAUCGUCUUAAUUUGACAAGUCAAUUUAUGAACAGUGACUAACAAAAUAAUUUAUAUGAAUGUGUAUAUUGUAAAUAUUUUAAUGCGUCUUAAAAGUAAGUUGUGACAGCUGUUAACGAUGGAAGUUUUUAAGAGUUGAGAGUUACGAGUGUAUGGACUAAGAGGUUCAUUAGUACGAGUAAGCAGGGAACAUUGUAUCUAUAUGAAAGCUUUGCGAAAGUGUUUAUUUUUAAGAAAUAGCAUGAAAUGUAGAUACAUAUAAUAUUCGAUAUGUGUUACGUAAGUUAUGGCGAUUAGUUAAUUUAUUUUUAAUGAAUGUCACAAAUGCUUAUUAAUUAGUAUUUAUAAAUUGUCAGUUUACGAUCGAAACUCACUAGCAAAUCGGACACCAGACUUAUAAACCUUUGUAUUAUACCGUAGACACGGUUUAUUUUAUCUAAUGGUGCUUUGGGGUAAUUUUGCAAAAUGGGUAGGUAAUUUCUAAGAUCGAAAAUAUUUAUCUACUAAAUCUUACUUUGGUAAGAAAAACAUCGUGGUAAAUACACAACUUUUGGGAACAAAUCAAAUUAUUUUUUUAUUAAAUAUUUUGGUUUGAAUUGUGUUGUGUGUAUAGAUGGCAGCACCAGUCUCUCUCGCUAUAUCGUAAUUAGCCUCAUGCAUGAAGUUCAUAUUUGAACGAAAUAUGUUUUAUGUAUAUGUUUGUUCGGAUGUUUGUUACCGUUAUAUCAUGUUACAAAUGCAUUUCCGUUUUUAAAUUACCAUUUAAUUACUUAAAAUUAUAAAUAAAAAGUACAAAAAUUUGCCCGCGAAAAGCUAGUGAGCGAAACGCUCGAAACGCCACGUGACGUCACGCGUUCGACAGAUGAGUGUCAUUAGUAGCAAACGUCAGUUGGGCCGCCCAACGUGUGACGUCAUCACGCUCUGUCGAAUUAGCGCCAAAAAUUAUGAGCGUUUCAACCGCUCAAAAAUUUUCAACAUUUUAAAUAUUUUUUUAUAAAAUAAUGUUAAGGUUUACAAAAGUAUUUUUAUCAUUUCCGGUGUUCCAACGAUAUAAAUUAUGAAUCCAAAAAUAAAAAUAAAAUCAUGCAUGGAGCUAAUUCCGUAAGGAAUUCGUAUAGGAGGUGCAAGCGCGUACUGCUUGCCCUUAGAGUUGGUCGAAGACGCCUAGUCUUAGUAAGAUGGCAUAUAGUCGAGAAAUUGAGACGGGUUCCGCCGUGGCGGGUUGGCCUAGGGGUUCAAGGCGUUAGCCCGUAUUGCUAAAGACGCCGGUUCGAACCUGGCCUUCACCACUGGAGGGCUUCGUCACUUUUCCUUUAAUAUAUGACAUCUAUUUUAGUUUAUAAUCAUGGUAAAUGUUACUAAAGUUCAAAGAGUUUCAAGUUUAAGUAGAUCUAUUAACGAUUUGCAAAUUAUACCUUGUCCAAAGUGAUCCCAAUGCUUCUAAGGUCAAUUAACAAUGUUACUAUGUAACAAUGCUGGUGGCCUAGCGGUAAGAGCGUGCGACUUUCGAUCCGGAGGUCGCGAGUUCAAAGUGUUCUAACCCCGGCUCGUACCUAGUUUUUCGAAACGUAUUUACGAAAUAACAUUUGAUAUUUAUCAGUCGCUUUUCGGUGAAGGAAAACAUCGUGAGGAAACCGGACUAAUCUCAAUAAGGUCAGUUUACCCUCUGGGGCAAUCGCUUUCGUAUAAACUAGUGCCUACGUCAAUUCUUGGGGAAAAAGCCGGGACAACGCGAGGAAGAUGAUGACUAAAGUAAGUAACAAUGUAACAAAUGUUUCUAUAGUUUGUCAAAGGACUGUCUCAUUUCAAACAUAGAGAGAGAGAAUCAUACUAUCUUUGUCUUAAACAUUGUCUUCGGUUACCGCGAUAGUUACUCAUGAAAUGAAACUAAUAAAACGGAUUAUAUUGAAUUCAUAAUACAUCCCGACGUUUCGAACCCUUUACAGCGUACGUGGUCAACGGGUGACUGAAGAAAAGCUACAAUGUGCAAAAAUACCCACAUACAAAAAUAAUGAACCAUAAUAAACUAAAUUGUAAGGCUAUCUUUGUCUUACAGUAGUACUAGCACCCAAAAGAAAAAGAUGAGUAUAGUUUUUUUUGUUCUUAUUUACUGACAAUUUGGUUUGACCAACUAUAAGGGUCGGUUGCACCAAACUGUUUGUCAUCGUUAAAGAGUUCGCUAAAUUUUAUUGUAUGGAAAGUUUCAUAGUAAACCGCCGCGGCGCGCCGAGUGACGUUAAUCAGUCUGUCAAGUGCGGAUGGUGCAACUGGCACUAAGUGAGUUUUGGUAGUGAACUGAAGAAAAGACUACGUUCGAUGUUACCUACACUAUCAUGGCUGGUCCAUGAAUUUUUUAAAUAUUUUUGCGCUUAAAUUAAUGUUUUAUUGUUAUAAAUUGCGUCUUCCGUGUAUGAGUGUGGAUGAUUUGCUAAUGAAACUAAUUUAAAAUAAUUAUUUGUGUCAAUAAACAAGUCAAUAUUGUUAGAAUGUACCUUUAUCUAUGUUCUUAAAUGUACAGUCGCGUUCAAAAGUCGCUGUACACUGGUAAUUUUAAGUAAUCACCCUAAAAAGAGGUCUUAUUAUUCGACACAAAUCGACUGUCAGAUAACGAAUAUGUCUUAUGCAAGGGCCUCACACUCUUUGAUAGAGAAAGAUAGUCUUAUUGCGAUUCCUAUAAGAGGAAAGAGAAAAUAGUGCCAUGCUUUGUCCUUAUCACCGACCGGGUGGCAUCAUAGGUAGGAGCCGAUGGCGAAAUACCGAAAUUUAUAAGAGUGAAAGAGAAAAAGUCCUAUGCGGCCCAAAUUUUAUAUAAAUAUUCUUUCUCUUACCCCCGGUUGCUCGGUGGCGCGUCUAUUUACUUGUAUAUACUAUGUCUAUGGUCCUAUAGGACAUACAAGCAAUAGCGACUUUUAAAUGUGUCUGUAAAGUUUUCUGUGUCUGCUACCAAAAAUACGCACAUACAAUCUGGCACAAUAUAUUUAAAAAAUGCACAUUUAGCCUUACUAACCAAGUUUAUCAGGUUUGAGACUUAUAAUCAAAUGCAAUUGUUUUCUAUAUUCGUAUCUAACAUAGUCCUAAAAUAACUCGCCAAUUUUACAAAAAAGAAAUAGAAAACUGUAAUUUAGACUAUAAUAUACAAAAUGUACACCUGGUGAAUGUAACGUUUCUAAAUGUUUUAACUAAAAAUACAAGUAUGUGUACAACUCGAA